AUGUGUACCACUAGGGAUCUCACAGGAAAGAUGUUCACUUUUCCUGCGGAGUCUAAUACUGCUCAUGUCGUCCUGGUACCACCAACCCAAAUCAGGACCCUAACCGCUGUGACUGUCUGUCUGCGUUUCUUCUCUGAUCUAACCAGUAGAGCUCAGCCCCUCUUCUCUUUAACAACCCGGGCAAAUAUAGAUAACGUAUUCCUCAUCAUGAAAGAAACCAACAACAACUACAACAUAUGGGUGAACGACAUGUAUGUGACAUUCAAGGCAAUGGAGGACAUUCAAAAUCAGUGGAAUUCAGUCUGUGCUACUUGGGAUUCCAAGACAGGCCUAGCGCAGCUUUGGGUCAACGGCAAACCAAGCGCAAGAAAAGGAGUGAAUCGUGGACGCACCAUCUCGGAAGAAGCCAGUAUCGUCCUGGGUCAAGAUCAGGACAGUUUUGGAGGGGGAUUUAAUAAAGGGGACUCUUUUGAGGGCAUGCUCACAGAUGUUCACAUGUGGGAUUCGGUUCUUUCUUAUUCUGAGCUCGCUUUGUACAUGAACCGCAUUCCACUGACACACAAUGGCAAUGUGAUCAAUUGGGAGUCACUGGACUUCACUUAUGAGGGCUAUGUGAUUGUAGAGGACCAAGUGAGUAGUAUGAUUUGAAAAAAGUGUGUUUGUAAAAGUAAGAGUCAGCUCUGUCUUUCUGUCAGUCAGAGUUCAGUUUAGGAACCAGCUCAGAAGUAGGGUAUGAAAUUCUUAUAAUAUAGGCCUACUUUGAAACACUUGUAAGGUUGGUUUUCAGAUCAUGGAGCACACAGUUACAUUUGAUUACAGACUACUUUUUUAAAAGCCUGCCCUGAACACUUCCAAAGUAGGCCUUGAUAUAAUCUCAAUAAUGUUCAAAUACUUGGUUGUACUUUUGGCUUUGUAUCAGACAACAUGUUACAUUGUUUUAAG